UUACAUGCAGGGGUGGACUGACCAUUUGGAAACUCGGGCACAGCCCGAGGGCCCGGGGUCAGUAGGGGGCCCCAUGAGAUGCCCCUGGUACCUUUUUCAUAGGCUUUUUUGAGUUUAGGCAAGGACACAGGGGCCCCUUGAUCCCCUAUUGCCCGGGGGCCCCAUGAGUUGUCAGUCCACCCCUGCUGUCAAAUUUUUUUCAAAGUCUCUGUCCUCUAGCUUAGUAAAUGAGGUACAGCUUCACUUUGCAAAGAAUACCCAAUCAUGUGCAAGGAAAAUUAGA